CGAUUUCUCUUAACAUUUCGGUCACCGUCAUUUCGAUGAAAACUGUCUGGAGAAGGGAAUACAUCCGCAAAUAGAUUGUAAUUGAUUUCAGGGGUGGAUAAAACUCUGCUUUCAAUUAUUAUUUGUGACCCGAGAAUGUCUUAUGAAGAAGUUUUGAAGGCUGUUUUUCCUUUACUUGAUGCCAAGGAUCUUGUAUCGUGUAUGUUGGUUUGUAAGCAAUGGAGAGACAUAGCCAGAGAUGAUUACUUUUGGAAAUGCCUCUGUGCCAAGAGAUGGCCUUCUGUUUGUAAGCGACCCAACCCUCCUACAAUAACCUACCACAAGCUAUACCAGAGCUUUUAUAGAAGGCAGCAUCGCCAAACUCUUCUUCCUCCUAGACUUUCCUUUGAUGUUUUGGAAUUCUACAUUGACAUUUGGGCUGAAGAUAAUUUGAUAUUCUCCAAUGUGGUUCCUGGCCCCAUCCUCCAAGCUGGAAUUAAGAUCCCACCAACUGGAAUAUGCAACAUGCUUAGAUUUCAUCUGGAGAGUCCUGAGUAUAAGAUGACCUUACCUGUUGAGCCAAAGUUCAUUGUUCCUUUGACCCAUGGUGUUAGUGUUUCAGUGCUUGUGGGGCGGAAGGAUUCCAAUAAAGUUGCUUGCAUAAUUAACAAAUCUCUGUUUGAUUACAUAGAUCGAACAGCAUAUAGGGCGCUGGCAUUUGACUACCUUGACUUCUCUCCGGACUACCCAUUCAUUUCAGGAAUUCGAGCAUGGAUUUCUUUGCUUUUCAUGGAAGAAGGCAAUGAUGGUUUAAUUGAAGUUUUUGGAAUUGAAAUGGAUUUCUGUGAUGUUGCUGAUUCUAAAGAUGCAGUUUUAUGGCUAUUAGACAUGCUUGAUUGGAAAUGAGUAGAAACCCAUCAUUCUUCAAUAGCUGUUUUCCUUGGGGAUGCUAUCUACUCAGUAUAAUUCAAAUCCAUCUGCCCUGUAUGCAGCAACAAUGUUUUCUCGCAUUCUGAAGAAGUCUGUACAAAACUUUUCUGUUAAUUACCAAUGAUAAAUAUGAACUAUUAUUGUAUUCACUGUGCACGAAUUACUCUU